GUUUGCGCCGACACCCGGAAGAGACGUGGCAGCAGUGGCGGCGGCGGCGGCGGGGACAGUGGGAGGGAGAAGGCAAGGGAGAGGUGGCGGUGGAGGGGCCGAGUGGACGCCAUGGGGCUCUGCAAGUGCCCGAAGCGCCGCGUCACCAACCUCUUCUGCUUCGAACACCGUGUUAACGUGUGCGAGCACUGCCUGAUCUCCAAGCACAGCAAGUGCAUCGUUCAGUCGUACCUCCAGUGGCUCCAGGACAGUGACUACAGUCCCAGCUGCCGGCUCUGCAGUGCGCCGCUUGCCGAGGCCGACACAGUCCGGCUGGUCUGUUACGACCUCUUCCACUGGUCGUGCCUGAACGACUUGGCGUCACGGCUACCGAGGAACACGGCGCCGGCCGGAUACCGGUGUCCAAGCUGCAGUGGGCCCAUCUUCCCCCCGGACAACAUGGUCAGUCCGGUGGCCAGCGUGCUGAAGGAGAGGCUCGCCACCGUCAACUGGGCCCGGGCCGGCCUCGGCCUCCCACUGGUGGAAGAGGAAGAGACGUCAGCGGAACAGGGGUCGCUCGACACCACCGACUGGUCCAGUUUCUCUGUUCCCAACGUGGAUGAGCACUCGGCCAGGACCCCCGCGUUCCCCUCCGAUGGCGGCUUCUCCUCCCUGCAGGAGUACGCGGACGAUCCGGGCGGCGAAACCAAGGCAGCGCGUUCCCAGGAUGUGCAGCCCGGGAGUGAGUCGUUCUCCGUGAAUGUGGGGACGGCCCAGGCUGCCUCGCCCAGGAAGGUGUACGAUACCAUCGCACAGGACGCCGCGAGGUCGACUGCCACGCAGCUCGAUUUCGACGACGACAAGUACAGGAGGCGGCCGGCACUCACCUGGUUUGCCCGUUGGGUCAGGAACGCGACGGGAUCGGGACCGAAGAGGCGCUCGCUGACCCGGAUGCAGCGUCUGUUGCUGCUGCUGGUGCUGGGCGUUCUGGCCUUCCUGACGCUCCUGGUGGUGAUGUCACGGCUCGGGCGCGCCUCGGUGGAGAACGAUCCCAGCUGGGACCUCAUGCAGAACCCCCACAUCCAGGUGGGGGCUGAGUAGAGUCCUCCGAGCGAGCUGCGCCCGUAUGGGAGUCUGCGGGAGGGGCCGUGCUCCUCGCCAGCCGCUCUGCUUCUCUGGCUCAACUGGUAAAUGGGCCCAGAAUUCUCUCCCCCACAUCCCCUGUACUCAUUUCCCUCCGAGCCAGCUGUUAAACGGUGCCCCUCCCUCGAAACUAUGCCCUUCCCAGCGAGAGCACUGGUGGUUUGAGACUGCGGGAUGAGCCUGGGUUCGGAGACCCAAGUCUUAGCCUCGUCCUUGGAGGAAGAGGUUUUCCGCAACGCUUCCCCUUGUGGAAUAGCCCGCCCUCCCUGGCACACUGCGAGUCCUGGUCUCCUCUCCCCUCCCCUCCCCUCCCCGGCCGGUAGUUGAGGAAAAUGUUCCAAACGAGAAGCCGAAGCUGUAACAAACAACGCACUUUAUUCCCCCCCCCCAACCUGCUGAAUUUCGAUCGCCGUGACCCUUCCCACGGCUGCGGGGGUGAGGUACAGUCCCCGAGCUGAUUCAGAGGUCGGGGGUCAUAGGCUGCAGGUCUCUGCCAGGUCCCAGACAACAGGGGAGCGGGCGGGUGUCGGCGGAGAGGGAGGGAAGUCAGUAGACCUCCGCCCGAAACUUCAUGAUGAACAGCUCGAACCAGGUCCGACUGACGAAGAGGCUUAAAUUCAGGACUGCCGGGUGUGGGGAAGAGGGAACGGGAGAGAGGAGAGGGGCAGACAGAGGGAGGGAGAGUGGGAAAGGGACGAGCAGUGGGG